AUGGCAAGUUUGCAGUGGGAGCUUCCCACGGAGCUAUGCUGUCGACCGAUGGCUUUUGUAGCUCUGACUGGUUUGGAUGUAGUGUACAACGCUGUGCACCGCGCUAUUUGGGAUGUGUUCAGUGCCAAUCGGCGUGCUGACCGAGUACCAAUCUCUUUCAAAAUUCUUCCUGGAGAUCAUGAGUAUCCCAAGUGUCGAACUAAGCGAACGUCGUAUGAGUGGUAUAUUCCUAAAGGGAUCUUGAAAACAUCCUGGAUGAACAAGCACCUGAAUGAAACACCGGCCCUGGUUGUAGUCUUCUACGAAUUGGAUUGGGAUGACCCACAGUGGAGAGAGAAACAAUCUGAAUGUGCUACAAAGGUCGAGAUUGUUAGGUCCAGUCUUCAGAGCAGGAAUACUAAGGUGGCCGUAGUUUUAAUUCAAAGGAAAACACCUCUGCCUCCAGGAGAAGACUUGGUAGCAUCUGAAAGAGCUGCAGCUAUUUGUCAUGCCUGUGAUCUAUCCGGAAAGAGUCUGUUUGUUCUGCCACAUACUGACCACCUGGUUGGUUACAUAAUAAGGUUGGAGAAUGCCUUUUAUGAACAUGCUCAGACCUACUAUUACAACGAAAUUCGUCGUGUUAAAUCGCACAAGGAGUUUCUAAACAAGACAACACAUCAGUUGCUGUUUGUGCGACACCAGUUCAAAAUUGCUUUCUUCAGUGAGCUGAAACAAGACUCCCAGAAUGCGUUGAAGCACUACAGAACGGCCUAUAGUCUUGUCCACGAGCUACGAGCCCAUGAGUCAAAUAUGUUGGAGAUUAAAACCUUGGCAGGAUUCAUCAACUACAAGGUGUGUCGUCUUUGUUUCCAGCACAAUACUCCACUUGAUGCUAUUUCACAGUUCAGAAAGCACAUUGAUCUUUGUAAAAAGAAGAUUGGGAGUGCUGAACUCGCUUUUGAGCAUGCUGCAUGGAUGGCAAAACAGUUUCAGUCUUUUGGUGAGCUGUUUGAUGAUGCAAUAAAAUCAGGUCUGGCGGCUAUCCAGACACAGAACCCGGGUUUCUACUUCCAGCAGGCUGCCUAUUACAGCCAGGAAAGAAAGCGACUUGCACUUCAGCUUUGUCAGGCAGAAGCAAAGGAUAUAUCCUUCGACCCACUGGAGUUGCUGAGCGGAGGACUGGACUACUAUGGCCAGAGACCAUGGAGACAAGGACAACAGAGUAUUGAUCCUCCUGACCAAGACAAAGAAAAGAAAGGAAUUCUGACAUUACAGCUAUACGAAAGGGAUUUUCAUCAUUCCGAGCUGAUAAUAACUCUUCUUAGCAACGCUGUUGCACAGUUUAAAAAAUACAAAUGCCCACGAAUGAAAAGUCAUCUGAUGGUGCAAAUGGGAGAGGAAUACUAUCAUGCUCAAGAUUAUGCCAAAGCCCUUAAACUGUUGGACUAUGUGAUGUGUGACUAUCGCACAGAGCGUUGGUGUGGAAUCCAGACAGCCAUAUUAACCACAGCUCUGCAUUGUGCCUAUCUGAUGGCCAGUGUUAAAGAUUACAUCAUAUCCUGCAUGGAGCUACUGGGCAGAGCUUCAACACUGAAGAAGGAGCAGAAGUCUAGGAUUGAGCAGAAUCUGAUACAAGUUCUGAAGAACAAGAUACCUGAUGCUGAGCCUCAGUGUGAUCAGGUUUCAGCUAAUGCAGCAUGGUCACGAUGGAAUGAAUGCAUUGCUUCUGGUGGUGCAAAUGAAUUAACUAUUGAUGUGCAGGACUACAUACCAUUCAUACAAUGUAAGGCCAAAUUCGAGUCUCCCAGUUUCCAUGUGGAUGAAGUCAUCCAACUCCGGGUGUUUGUGAGAGCUGACUGUCCUCAUCCUGUGUCAUUCACCAAGCUGGCUGUCAGCCUCAGCAAUCAGGAGUACAAUUCCUCGUGUGUUCUGGAUACAUCAAAUCAGGAGACCAAAACACUUCUCCCAGGCAAAACCAAAUGCUACAAUUUCAACUUUGUGGCAAAGACCAAAGAUGUUGGUAAAAAAAUUGAGAUGACAGGUAUAGAGGUCAUGCUUGGCAGUUACAGCGGUCGCCGUGUGUUGCUGAGAUGGAGAGGGGCGGGAGGGGAUGCAGCCACAACCCACGAGUUCCUGCAGUUGAACAAGGCAUCAUGUUGGCAUGAGGCCGAAGAAGACCUAGAUUUGGAAAGUGUGAGCAUCCUACAAAAUACAAUGAUUAUCUCCAGAAUUCCAAAGAUCUCUGUAGAGCUGAGCCAUCGGCCUCCUGCUCUCAGCAAUGAAAUGUACUGUAUUCACCUUACUGUACAAUCACUGGAGGAGGGUGUAGCUCAGGAUAUGAAACUGACUGCAGGACUCAAACCUGGACAAGAUGCCAAUUUAAGUCAGACCACACAUGUGACAUUUGAUAACUCCAAGGCUUGUGAUUAUACUUCAACUCCUCUGCUCCCUGACAUACUUCUGGGGAAUCUGGAACCAGGCGAAAAGUUCGACAGAUGUGUGUAUGUAACAUCGCUGACAACUGGACCAAGGGUGUUCCUGUUCUACAUUGCUUACAGCAUUGAAGUAAAAGUGGCUGGGCAAACAAUGGUGUGCAACUGUCAGAAGGAUGAAACGGUCACUAUUGAGACAUUAGUCCCAUUUGAAGUUUCUUCGAACUUAAUGUCCACCAAGUUUGAGCUUCUGGAGCAAGUAGCAGUGGACCUUCCCUUUCUGAUGUUAACAGAGAUCCAGUCAUCAUCCCCCUGGCCCCUGCUUUUGGCUUCGUCAUCUCUGGAGAGUGUCACAGUAACAAACCCGCAACACCAUGAGUCCCAGCUGCAGGAUGUGAUCCUGCGGAAAGACGAGAGUGCAAGUGAAUGUUUCUCUCUUCGGUGUGCACCACUUGGGAACAAGAAUAAUUCUGUGGCGACCGGACAGUACGUCAUAUCAUGGAGAAGAUAUUCUUCCGGCCCAGAUCGUCCUCUUAUCAGUACAACAGUUACUCUGCCGCAGGCCUUUCUGGAGCCUGUCCCACUUCACAUCCAUGCUGAUAUCCCUCCCUUUGGGAGAGUCCGAGAGUCCCUUCCCAUUUGUUUCCACAUAGAAAACAGAACAAAUCUGGUACAGGAGGCCCAGAUAACUGUUGAACCAUCUGAUUCCUUCAUGUUUUCUGGACUAAAACAGGUGCAUCUCCGUAUACUUCCUGGUUUAAAGCAGCAAAUGCUGUACAACUAUUACCCACUGAUUGCGGGAUACCAAACGUUACCACAACUCACCAUCUGCAUGUCCCGCUGUACAACCAAUGCAUACAGCCUCAGACGUUUCCUUCCUCACCGUAUCUUUGUCAAGCCACAGGGUAAAGAGAUGGACAACUUCUCCAAGGCUGCAGCUUGA